UAACGUAUCGCGGACGCGUAUUGAGCGUGCGCAAUGCUUACGCACAAUUUGUGUAAGCUGCCGUCAUCUGUGUUGUAUUGAUUUAUAUAGAUUAGUUAACCAUUCGACGUAACCUACAUAACUGCACAUCCCCAUCACAAAACACCAACAUGUUUUCUUUCCACCGACCAAAAGUUUACAGAUCAUCUACCGGUUGUUGUAUUUGCAAAGCAAAAUCAAGCAGCUCAAGAUUUACUGAUAGUAAAAAAUAUGAAAGUGAUUUCGUUGAAUGCUUCCAAUUGUCUUCACCUAGACAAGGAGAAAUAUGUAAUGCCUGUGUGUUAUUAGUGAAAAGAUAUAAGAAGUUACCAGUUGGAUCAGAUAGAAAUUGGCGCCAUGUAGUGGAUGCUCGCGCUGGUCCAGGAAUGAAAUCCAUGACCAAGUUCAAGAGUAAGCACAAGAAACUAUCAGAAACCGGAGAAAAAACCGUUGGUAGAAAGAAGAAGCAUUUCGAACACGAGUACAGCCCCGUUUUAUCUGAUAACGAAGCCGAUCCGAACGCCGAUACGGAAAUGGUUGAGAUGGAUUUUAUGUCCGAAUCAACGCCAAGCGGAAGAUCCAGCCCAGGCGGAAGUGAUUGUGAUGAAAGUGUCGGCGCCGUUAGCAGCAGCAACAAUCGUAGACGGAAAGGAGAUGCUAAAAGACGUGUUCAAGGCGAUGAUCCAGAUAUUAGUGAUUUUGUUGACACUAAUUAUUGGAAAAGAGAGUCAAUAUGUUGUGGAAUAAUAUUUAGAGGUGAACAUGGGGAAAUUUUGGUAGAUAGACGGUUCCUAAAAGCGUGUAACGCCCGUGUUCAAUUAUGUAAGUUGAGACCAACUCAAUGUAAAGUCGAAACGAAUGAAAUAAAUGAUUCUUCAUCGAAAAUGUACAACAGCGACAAUAGUUCAGAUUCUGGUUAUUAUGACGAUUCAUCGAAUCAAGGAGGUUCAGGAAGUCCUAGAGCUACGGAUGCGAGCAGAUCUCCGACAGAAAAGCGUGAAAUCCCUUCUGCCAAUUAACGCACGCUCCAUCUAGGCCGUUUUGUAAUUUAUAUUAACGAAUAGUUGUCCGUCUCGUUGAGUUUUCUCCUUUCUCUAGUUGAAAAGUGGUUGUUCGUAUAUUUACGGUCUGCGACCCUCAUCGUCGAAAUAAAAAUAUAUAUAUUAAGGUUGCAAUGAUGAAUAAUUAGUAGUAGUAAUUUGUGUUCAGGACGCGUGUGGGGUCUUUUUUAAAUGAAUCGAUUCACGAUGAUAGGGCCGUGGAUCGUUUCUCUUGCCGACAGUACAAAUUUAUUGAAAAAAAAAAGAAAGAAUAAUGAAGGGUUUUGAAGGAAUCGACUUUCUCAAAGCUGGCUGUCUGUGAAAGAAGGAAAAUAAAGUAGGUAAAA